AUGUUUUGUUCACAGAACAGCUGUCGUGGACAUGAUGCGCGACUUGCUGAAGUUGAUAAUAAAGAGCAGUCGGAUUACCUAAUGUUGAUGGCCAGAACAUUAGGAAAAGGUGGAAGAGACGAUGUCGUUGAAGGUACAUGGAUGUGGUCAUCCACAGAUGAAUUUUUCACAUAUACAGAUUGGUACCCAGAACAACCGAAUAACUACUUAGGAAAUCAGGAUUGUUUACACAUGCACGCUGCUUUUAAUAUGAAAUGGCAGGAUGAAUCUUGUACCACUCCAGACAGAUACAUAUGUGAAAAAAUAUAUCCUGAAAGUACAACUAGUUCUCCAAUAAUAGGAUAA